GCACUUCCUGCGUGGCAAUAUAAUGUGUGGAGACAAAAAUUCUGAGGUCCACAUGUUAUUAGCAGCCCUGUUUGCUCCGCCUGAUGUCCAUGCGAGAAAGUGUUGCCUAGCCCGUGCAAAGCAGCCAGUUUUUAGUUAUAGCUAGAGACCAAAGAGGUUCUUUGACUAUCUCAAUUUACAAAAGUUGGUGUUUACUACGGGAAGAUCUACCGCAAACACAUGAGUGAAGCAGACAUGGCAAUGGUAGAUACUCUUCCUCGUUCGACGUUCAGCCGUUUCACUCCAUUCGGAAGAAGAAACUCUGAAACUGGGUCGGUAGGAAACAGCCCUACACUGACUGCCCCUUAUUCAGACAGCAUUGUAACUCCUCGUUUCACUUUGGAAAGCUUGGCAGCAGAGCUAGAGCUAAUGAGUACAAGCCCUACUGGUGGAUUCAACUAUUUAAGUGGAGACCUCUACAAUACACAGCCAUCGAGAGCACCUCUAACAAAGAGCAGAUCUGUUCCAAAUGUUCUCAGAGAAGACUACACUCGCACGACUGCUCUCAUACCGUUGAGGAAAGCAAAAAGCGUUCGAUUUGCCGACUCUCAAGGACUUCCUCUCAUAAAAGCUGUCUACGAACUAUCCAAGCAAGACUCCUCUUACACAGCAAACAAAAUUGUUCCGUACUCCGAUGACCUCUCGGCAGGUGUACGCUUAGCCACUGGUGGACAGAAAUAUGCAAAACGUUUGACAACAUCUUCAGAAAGCCCUGACAAAAGUCCUCCAAAAAGCUCGACCAAACUUUCCGAACUGACCAUCAAUACAACACGAAACACAAUUCUCAAAUGUCAAACGUCUCCAAUCCUCAAGCGGCUGAACUCCCCACCCUCCCCCCCAACACACAGACACAGGCUCGAGUUCACUCAACCUAGUCUGGAACCGGACUUUUUUCAUCGGGUCAACAAACAGUGUGUGGUAUUGGACAACGUUCGCGAAGAAUCAAGAUCGUUACAAGGAACUGUACGUGUUGCAAAUCUCUCGUACGAUAAGGACAUUGUUAUAAGAUGGACUCAUGAUAAUUGGAGAUCUAGUCACGAUACUAAGGCAGUAUUUUGUGCUAACGACGGAGCUACGGACAGGUUCACGUUUGAGCUCCCAAUCAACGGUGACGACGUUAUAUUCUGUAUUCAAUACAAAACUGGUGGACAAGAAUUUUGGGACAAUAAUCGUGGUAAAAAUUACACCGUUUUUUCAGAGUAGCUGUGAUAUUUGUCACUAUCCCUCCUUUGUGUCUUUUAUGUACCUAGAAGUCAACUAACUCAACUUUACCAAAUCAUUUCUAUAUUCACUAUUCAUAAUUGCAUUCACUAUAAUUGUCCCUCUGAAAUGAUUUUCUGAAUUUUAUUUUUAACAACUGUCAA